ACAGGCAUUUAAUUGAUUGAAACGUUGUACCACUCAUUUCAGUAGGGUAGAAAUGAGGCUACAGCCAGCAGCUGGCUCACUUAGCUUAGAGACUAGAAACGGGGGGAAACAGCUCGCAGCCUUGCUCUGUCCAAAGUAUCGCUAUGCCAAACUGGACCAGCCGUCUCAGUUUGGAGGACAGCCGUGCAAUUAUCAUGGCAGGGAGGAGGAGGCCUGUAUCGUACCAGCCCGCUACACCUGUGACAAUGUUCCUUUGUGUGAGGGAUUCCUCUGCAACCAAACAGGGCGCUGUAUUCCCAGAACUCUGCAGUGUAGUGGGGAGGAUGAUUGUGGGGACAUGUCAGAUGAAGCCGGCUGUAAGAAGGUUCCCAAGCCCUGCAGGCAGGAGGCCGAAGAAUAUUGGGGAAUCGAAAAUCUCGCCAAAGGGAUCAACAUCUUGAACAGUAACCUGGAGGGAGUGGUGCUUGAUAACAGAUACUACGCUGGCAGCUGCUUGCCAGACUACAUCCAGGAUGUCAGAUUCAGGAAGCCGUACAACUUGCAGCAGUACACUCAGCAGACAAAAGGCUCGUAUGAUUUUACGAUGCAGUCUUUUGACUCAUACUCUAACUACAUGGACCACAUCAUAAAGGAGCGCACGAGCAAAACCACUGUUUCCUUUGGCUUUGCCAUUCCAGGCGUGGUUGAAUUUGGCUUUAACUACAAUAAUGCCAAAUACACCAAGUCUGAACAGAAGAUUCGACGGGCAUCUGGCAAGACUAACAGCUUUGUGAGGGCCAAAGCAGAACUGGAGUUGGCCCAGUACAUGCUGAAGUCAGAUGAUUUAAUGCUUCACCCUGAGUUCCUGCAGCGCCUGCGCUCUUUGCCACAGACCUAUAUUUAUGGGGAAUACAGACAAAUCUACAGGGACUACGGCACCCACUACAUCACAGAGGCCGCCCUAGGAGGAGACUAUGAGUACACUAUCAUCCUGAACAAGGAGAAGCUCGAGAGGACAGAUUAUUCUUUGGAAGACUACAAACGUUGUACGCAGUCAGGCAUGAAGGUUGGGGCCAACAUAUAUGGUGUUUAUGUGUCUGCUGGGUUUCAGGGUGGGUCCUGUAAUGGCCUGCUGAAUGAGAUGGGAGAGGAAACAGUGCAUGGCAGCAUGGUGGAGGACUUUGUUGCUGUUGUAAGAGGUGGAAGUAGUAAAUCCAUCACUGCUUUGGUGUCUAAAAAGCUUCCCACCCCACAGCUGAUGGGUCUCUGGGGUGAAGGCGUGCGUUUUAACCCUGACUUCAUUCGCACAACAACACGCCCGCUGUAUGCGCUGUUGACCGCCAGAGACUUCUCCCAUGAUGCCACCCUGAAAAGAAACCUGAAAAGAGCGCUGUCAGAGUACCUGGCAGAGGCCAGUUCAUGUCGAUGUGCUCCCUGCCACAACAACGGAGUGGCCGUUUUGAAAGGCACCAGGUGUGACUGCGUGUGUCCUGUUGGCUACUCUGGACCGGGCUGUGAGAUCACUCAUAGGCGUAAAGAUAUAGCUAUUGACGGCAGCUGGAGCUGCUGGGGUGCGUGGUCAUCCUGCAGUGGAAGAACAAUGACGAGGAGUCGCCAGUGUAACAACCCAGCCCCCGGCGAUGGAGGCCUGGUGUGCAGAGGACUGCAGCGAGAGUCUACUGAAUGCUUAUAA